UUUGCCCUUAUCAAAUAUGGCGGAUCCAGCUUCAUCUCCUAAUCGACGAAUCAGAGCCCGCGUUGUUGGCCGCUCUUCCCACAGUAGCGAUGGUGGGGAUGAGCGCUCUCAGGUCUGUUGCUGCUUUCGCAGCCAGACUGACCCCACUCAAAUCUGGGAGUUCUUCGGCAAAUCUUCUCACUCGAGCAAUUCCCCAAACAGGCAAAGUUGCUAUUCGCUGGGGUCAUGGAAAGAAAAUGUUUGUCAUCAAACCCUCCGACUACUACGACAGGAGAUUUCUGCGUUUAUUGCAAUAUUACACCCUUUUGACUGGUAUCCCUGUAGCCAUCAUCGUCACCAGUGUCAAUGUCUUCAUUGGUGAGGCUGAGCUGGCUGAGAUUCCUGAAGGCUAUGAACCUGAACACUGGGAGUACUACAAGCACCCCAUCACCAGGUGGAUUUCCAGAAAUCUGUAUGACAGCCCAGUGAAGGACUAUGAAAAGAUGAUGGCUGCAAUUCAGAUUGAAAAAGAAAAAGCAGAUAUGAGACUGACACAGCUGGAGGUGCGGCGCCAGAUGAGGGAGAGUGGAGAUGGUCCUUGGUUCCAUGUUCCCACCCUCAACAAGGAGCUCAUCGACAACAGUCCAAAGGCAUCACCUGACAAUUAAUGAGGACGCCGUUUAAAGUUUUUGAUCAACCUCACUGUAAAUUUUUCUCUGCGUAAAUAAAGUAUCUAUAUGUA